ACGUUUAACUCCGGUCAGCUUGAAAGUGUUUAUCUGCUCUGAAUGUCUGCACAGUGUAGCUCCAGGAAGCAUUCUUGAGAGCGCACUGUUUGUCUGUCAUAUAACCUUAUGGACAUUUCUUCGUCCCGUCGCCGUGAGACCACCGGAGGGCCGCUGCAGGCUGGAAGUAAUGUGGACGCCGCUGAGAGAGGAGGACUGUCCGUGCGGUUGGCAACACUACCGGGGAUGAAAUGGUCGCGUCUUCACUGAAUCUCAUUCUCACGUUCACAUCCAGGCAUCACUGUUAGACUUUCAAAAUGAGGAUCCUGACGUCUCUGCUGAAAAACGCCAACCCCAAAAUCGAGUAUUACUCCAGGUUUUCGCCGUCCCCGCUCUCCAUUAAGCAGUUUCUGGAUUUUGGCAGGGACAAUGCUUGUGAGAAAACCUCCUACAUGUUCCUGCGUAAGGAACUGCCGGUGCGGCUGGCCAACACCAUGAGAGAGGUUAACCUGCUUCCUGAUAACCUGCUCAGCCAGCCCUCCGUCAGACUGGUGCAGAAAUGGUACAUGCAAAGCUUUGUGGAGCUGCUGGAUUACGAGAACAGAAAGCCAGAGGAUGCUCACGCUCUGAAUGAUUUCCUGGAGCUCUUGAUUGAGAUCCGUAACCGCCACAACGAUGUGGUUCCCACCAUGGCUCAGGGAGUCAUCGAGUACAAGGAGAAGUUUGGCUUUGACCCCUUUAUCAGCAGCAACAUCCAGUAUUUCCUUGACCGCUUCUACACCAACCGCAUCUCUUUCCGCAUGCUCAUCAACCAGCACACUCUCCUGUUUGGUAACGACACCAACCCUGCCCAUCCAAAACACAUCGGCAGUAUUGAUCCCACCUGCAAUGUGGCUGAAGUCGUCAGAGAUGCCUAUGACACUGCCAAGAUGCUGUGUGAGAAGUACUAUUUGGCUUCUCCUGAGCUGAAGAUUGAAGAGUUUAACAUGAAGGCCCUUAAAAAGCCCAUCCAGGCUGUGUAUGUGCCCUCUCAUCUCUUCCACAUGCUGUUUGAGCUCUUCAAGGUGAUGCAUGCAGCAUCGUGGAGCCUUUAUGAGAACAGUGCAGAGGGGAUAACACCAGUAAAGGCAAAAGUCACUCUGGGUAAAGAGGAUCUCUCCCAUAAAGGAGGAGAGUUCCUCUGAGAAGUAGACCGUCUGUUUAACUACAACUCCACGCCCCUACACCCAAGCCUAGAGCCAGGAGCUGUCCCACUGGCUGGUUUUGGCUACGGUUUGCCAAUUUCUAGGCUCUAUGCCCGAUACUUCAAGGGGACUGAACUCUACUCCAUGGAGGGUGUGGGCACCGAUGCAGUCAUUUAUCUGAAGGCCCUGUCCAGUGAGUCCUUCGAGCGCCUGCCUGUCUUCAACAAGUCAGCGUGGCGGCAUUACAAGACCAGCCCCGAAGCAGAUGACUGGAGCAACCCCAGCAAAGAGCCACGCGAUGCCAGAUUGUAGAUGAAGAAUUCAUCCUUUUCGGCUUCACUGUAAGAUUUCAUCACUGCCAAUGCCUUCGUAACCUGCCAGUCUCGCUGAGUGACGCUCAGUGGCAGACCUGCUGUAAAGACAGAGACAACGGUCCUCUUCAUUUAAAAGCCUCAGUUCAAUGUGUGGUCUCCCUGCAACUGAUAGUCACAUUUAAAAGCCAAUGACUGAACAAAAUUCCCACCUUUGUCAAAGUUUCAGUGUGUGAUUUAGAGGCCCGAGGAUGUUUGAUCUUCAGUAGCUGUCAACCUUCACUGUUAAGGACUGUUUCUGUACCUACAGUAUUUUAGAAAAUAUUGUGUACAUAACUAUUAAUAAUGUGUUUGCUGCCAGUGUGGAGUGACCGCUUUUCCAUCCUACUGUACCCACAGCUUAAACAGAUGUAUUCGUAUGCAUGAACUCCUCACUGUGGAGGUGGUCACGCAAAGAUAUGCAAUUAAUGCAACAUCAACAUACGUAUACCAAAAAGGUGAUAGAGCAGUCUAAUGACGUGAUCCAGCAUGAGAUCCGCCUACAUUGUCAAACCUGACAAUAAAGAAAAUUGCUGUUGUGUGCGA